AUGACGGUCUUCGCCCCUCUUGAUUUGAAUGCUCUCGCGGCCGCCGGCCUGGUAGGCCCUGUCGAUGCCAACGGCACCCGUCGCGUCCACAAACGCCGGCUGAAUCGAUCCAGCGAUGAGGAGAAUGCGGAUGUUCCCCUUGUUCCCAUCUCCUCCCCCGAGGCAGGGAAGGCUUUUGUCGACAUCCCAAACGACUUGAUCUCCCUUGCAACACUGCGAUACAUUGGCUGCGAUGAUGACUUUGCCACGCAGCUAUGGGAGGAGUGGACUAGUUGGCCGCCCGAUGAUAUUCUUCGGGAGACAGACGACAUCAUCAGAGGCAUGCCCUUCAUUGACUUUGUCUCAGGACAUAUCGAGGGCAGGCACAUCGACGCGGUCGAUGAAGACGACCAAGAAUGGCGUCGCUGCAUGGAUGCAUGUGGCGUCGCGAAAGAGUUCCAGGACGCUAUCAUGGAUCCCGUUUUCAAGCCCAUCCGCGGGACUGAGUCGUGUGUUUUCUGGAUUGUCGAAACGAUGCGGAUGCGCUAUCGCGGCCUCGAGGAGAUCCAAACGGCCUCGCGUGAGCGUGAGAUGGCUCUUCGGCGGGCUAGCACUCGACCUUUGGGAUCUGCAUCUGCAUUUGUCGGGCAAGGCGAUUCGCUUCAACGCUCUGGUCACCAUACCACCCACAGCGGCAACACUGGAGGUCGUCGAUCCAUCUCCUCUACUCAGCGACUCGCCCCCGGCAUUGAAAAGAACACCGCACUGUCGCCUGAAGCCCUCUCGGCCAUGAAUGCUCCCGGCUAUAUUAUCGUCUACAAAGGCGUAGACCAAGCGCGCAUCAACGGACUUUAUGACAGCGACGGUAAAGUAAUCGACCUCCAGCCGCUCAUCUCAAGCGCCCCAAGUGACUUCCACCGCUCCGAGAACGCCUUUUAUUUCACCAUCUCCAGAGAGAUUGCUAUCUACUACGCGAACUACGCCAAACGCCGGAACAAGAUUGACUCGGUCGUGAUUGUUCAGAUGGCCAUCCCCAAUUCGGCUAUCGAAAGUCUUUCAGAGACCGAGUGUCUCCGCGUCUACUGGCCCAGUGCUGAAUGGAAGAAUCUCGUCUUUCACUGCCGCAAGGGUAGACGCCUGCCCUCUGAGCUUCGCAAGUUUAGACAGGCUACGCUUGUCAUUGGCACCAUCGCAAAUAAGCCCAAAAAGGUCUACCAGAAGCUUGACUCGGCUGAACACAUCACUGAGCAAAUGGUACUGAGGACUCGAGAUGGACGCCAAGCUGUCCAGUACGUCUGGUCUGCAGAGGAUGGUGAACAGUUCUUGGAGGAGCAUGGUGUCCAGGAGUUGAAGGUCUUUCCUCUUACAGCGAGAGAGCACGAAGAAUGGUACGAGCAUGAGCUUUUGGGUGGAACUUGA